ACCGUGAUGACAAACCCUGAAACCGUUUCUUAUCCUAAUAAGCAAAUAAUACAGACCAAAUCACCUUUCCCAUUUUUUCUUUCUCUUCUUUACAACACUCACACUAUAUGAUAUAGCUAAUAUAAAUACAAACCAUUAUCAUUUCUCACAUGAAACACAACAACAACAAAAAUAAAAAAACCUUAGCCACACAAAGUCCAAGAAUUCCGAUGAGGAUUAUAGUCCAACACAGAGACUUCCACUCUGUGCUCUUCUUCCUUUUAGUAUCAUCUUGUUCUAUGUUUCAUGACACCAUUGCUCAAUCAAGUGAACAACAAGUAGCUCCCCCUGCUUUGAACAAAAACGCCGACGCAGCCAACGCAACGUUUCCUAUGAUGCUUGUGGUCUUUGUCUUCGCUUUCUUCAUCACUGGCUUCCUCUCCGUUUACAUUCGCUAUUGUUCCCCAGAGUUCAUGUUUCCUCAGAACUCCGUUCGCACCAACGGAGUUGACCCAGAAGUGCUUGCUACGUUUCCCAUCAUGGCAUACUCCACCGUCAAGAACAUCAAAACGGGUCACAACGUUGCGCUUCAGUGCGCGGUGUGCUUGGGCGAGUUCGGAGACUUUGACUCGCUUCGCUUGUUGCCAAAGUGCAGCCAUGUCUUCCACCCAGAUUGCAUAGACGCGUGGCUCGCUUCCCACGUGACCUGCCCCGUUUGUCGCUCGAAGCUGAAGCUAGAACGUGGCCAGGUAGCUCUGGAAAUCGCGGGUGAGACGAGCGCGCACCAAGUGUUUGAUGAAAGCCCUGUGAGAGGAGUUGAAGUUGUUGGCGGCGUUAAUGGAGUUGGGGUGAGUGGGCACGUUGAUGGGUGCGUUGGGAAGGGUAAUGGGUCGUCAAAGAUGAGGGCUUUUGGGGUGUUGGUGAGGUCCCAUUCAACGGGUCACUCUUUGGUUGAACCAGGGAGGAACAUGGAGAGGUUCACUUUGAGGUUGCCUGAGGAAGUGAGGAAGCAGAUUCUGGAUGAUUAUGAUAAACAUGGAACUGCCACAAUGAUGAAGCGUUCAGCGAGCUACGACGUCGUUUUGCAGAUUGAAGAUGGGUCGUGUUCGGGGAAAGGUGGUGAAGGUAGCAGCAGUAAUAACGGUAAGAAUAACCGUUGGGUUCUCUCAGUGACACCUCCGUUUGUUUCUCGUGGUGGUGGUUCUUCGGCUUUGACACCGAAUGCUUCCACCACCAGCUCUGGAAUUCCAAGGUUUUGGGCUUUUUCCCUUCGAGGAGAAGACAAAGAGUCUCAGGGGAAAACAAUUUUCCAAGUCUAAUAUGUUCCCUUAAAGGGGAUGAAUGUCAAUAUAAAGGUGUUGCAGCUAAUAGAGGUAGUGAUCAAAUUAA